UUUUCCCACAUGUGCACCCACUCGCUUCGCCUCCUAUGCGUUCUUCCCGAAACAUAUAGCAAGGCUUUUUUGUCGUCAUUAAACCAUACCUUCAUUUCUUGACCCUCAUUCAUGUGUGGUCUGUCUGACCUCCUCAGAGCCGCCAUCAUGCGACGUACGGUCCAGAGACAAGGCCCUCACCCGGAGCCUACCGAAAUCGUCAGCAGUACCGACGCCCAGGAGGGUCCGAUCAAAGGGUUGACCAAGGAUCCGCCAGAGAUGUUGGAAGUGAUGAUGAGGUUUCUGGACCAGUGGAUCGAAGAAGAAACAUCGAAUCCUACGCGCCGCAAGAACAUCCAGAUAUGCAAGGACUACGUCAGAGAACAUGGCUACCCAGAAGAUGACUACUACAUACGGGUAGUACAAGGAGUGGUGACGGUCCUCAAUCAAGAGCAACGCUUUGCACUGCCUCCCACGCCAAAUAGGGCAGACAAUUUUUUACUAUGCGCACCUGAGUAGGAUCAUGAUCAAUGAGUUUGAGUUGCAUUCAGCUCGAAGCCGCGCCUUGGAGGUCUGGAAAUGCCCCGUCCCACCAUUCUUACAGCGCAACUUUUAGCUUAGUAAUUUAUAACUAUAACUUAAUAAUAAACUUAUAUAAGUAAGA